AUGGGCGCCAAGCAGAGCGGCCCGGCCGCCGCCAACGGCCGCACCCGCGCGUACUCGGGCUCGGACCUGCCUUCCGGGACCCGCGUCAGCAUCCCCAACAGCAGCAGCGGGCCGUACGGCUCGCAGGACUCCGUGCACAGCAGCCCCGAGGACGGUGGCGGCGGCAGCGGUGGCGGCAGGGACCGGCCGGCGGGCGGGGGCUCCGGCGGGCCGCGCCUAGUGAUCGGCUCGCUCCCGGCGCACCUCUCGCCGCACAUGUUUGGAGGAUUUAAGUGCCCUGUAUGCUCAAAAUUUGUACCCUCAGAUGAAAUGGAUUUGCAUCUUGUGAUGUGUUUAACAAAGCCAAGAAUAACCUAUAAUGAGGAUGUGCUGAGUAAAGAUGCUGGGGAAUGUGCAAUAUGCCUUGAAGAAUUGCAGCAGGGAGAUACCAUAGCACGGCUACCUUGCCUAUGCAUAUAUCAUAAAGGCUGCAUAGAUGAAUGGUUUGAAGUAAAUAGAUCUUGUCCUGAGCAUCCCUCAGAUUAAACAUCAGAUGCCUAUUCUAUAGGUUUUCUUAUCUUUUCAAGAUGCUUGAAAAAUCUAAGAGGACUUGAGGACCUGUCUCUCAAAAA